UAGUCGUCUUUUUGCUGCCGUCGGUUUCGGUUUCGUUGCUGGUGCGGUGCGGUGUUUUUUUGCUGGUCGCAGCUCCGAUUUGAGAAUCUGACUUUUUAGGCAUUUCAAAAAGGCUACCAUUUUCCGCUGUGAUCUUUGUCGGCAAAUUGAAAUUGCGAGACCACACCAAACGCAAAUCGCACUUUCGUCAUUUGAGCUGCGAACGCAUUAUUAACCACACUCCCAUCCAGACUCACACACGCUCAUAGUCUAACAAUCGUGCUACGCAGAUUGCGAAUGCAUACGGAGAAAGAUACAAAUAGAAAAAAUCUAAGCAGAAGAAAAAUUUUGUUAGUGAAGUGAAGAGGAAGUAGUGGUGACCUGUGCGCGAGUAUUUGUGCUUUCCUCGUGUGUGUCUCUGUUCUAGUGUGCGUGAUUCCCUCCCCCGUUUUGCAGGCGAAAAAGCGAAGAGCACAGCAGUAUAUAGUAUCUCGCCAUGGGUAAACAAAAAAUCUACUGUGCGAAGUGCACGAAAAAGUGCUCCGGCGAGGUGCUCCGCGUGGCGGACAACCACUUCCACAAGGCCUGCUUCCAGUGCUGCCAGUGCAAGAAGUCGCUGGCCACCGGCGGAUUCUUCACAAAGGACAACGCCUACUACUGCAUACCGGACUACCAGCGGCUGUACGGCACCAAGUGCGCGAAUUGCCAGCAGUAUGUGGAGGGCGAGGUGGUCAGCACCAUGGGCAAGACCUAUCACCAGAAGUGCUUCACCUGCUCCAAGUGCAAGCAGCCCUUCAAGUCGGGCAGCAAGGUGACCAACACCGGAAAGGAGGUGCUUUGCGAGCAGUGCGUCGCGGGAGCUCCAGUGUCGCCCAGUCGCCAGGCGACGAGCGGUGGCGUCUCCUCGCCAGCUCCUCCGGCGGAGAGUCCAACGAGGGCCACCGCCCAUCAGCAGCACGGCGGGGUGAUCUCGCACAAGGCGCACCUGAAGGAGGACUACGAUCCCAAUGACUGUGCCGGCUGCGGCGAGCUGCUGAAGGAGGGCCAGGCCCUGGUGGCGCUGGACCGGCAGUGGCAUGUGUCCUGUUUCCGGUGCAAGGCCUGCCAGGCGGUGCUCAAUGGCGAGUACAUGGGCAAGGACGCGGUGCCGUACUGCGAGAAGUGCUACCAGAAGGGAUUCGGGGUGAAGUGCGCCUACUGCAGCCGCUUCAUCAGCGGCAAGGUGCUCCAGGCGGGCGACAACCACCACUUCCAUCCGACCUGUGCCCGCUGCACAAAGUGCGGCGAUCCCUUUGGCGACGGCGAGGAGAUGUACCUGCAGGGCAGCGCCAUCUGGCAUCCGCGAUGCGGUCCCGGUCCCUCGGAGUCCGGCAUUAUCUUGAACGGCGGCGGAGGCACUACCUCGGUGGUCGGCGGUGCCUCCAAUGGCAACUUCACAGACACUGAAUGCGACCGGAUGAGCUCCAGUGCCCUUAGCGAGAUGUACAUCCGCUCCAGAACACCGAGUUUUAAUGGUUCACUUUAUUCCUCUAGCCGCAAGCACUAUCGAACGGUGAGUCCGGGUCUGAUACUCCGGGAGUACGGGCGACCCAAUGCCGAGGACAUCUCGCGCAUCUACACCUACAGCUAUCUGACGGAUGCGCCGCACUAUCUGCGCAAGCCGAUCGAUCCGUAUGACAAGACGCCGCUGUCGCCGCACUUCCACCGGCCCUCCUCAUACGCGACCACCGCCAGCAAUGCGGGAUCCGUGGCCGGAAGCCGUCCGCCGUCGCGUCCCCACUCGCGGACACGCAGCGCCAUGAAGGUCCUGGUGGACGCCAUCCGCUCGGAGACGCCGCGUCCCAAGAGUCCGGGCAUGAACAACGAGGAGCCCAUUGAGCUGUCGCACUAUCCGGCCGCCAAGAAGCCGCCGCCAGGUGAGCAGCCCAAGAUCGAGCGGGAUGACUUCCCCGCUCCGCCGUAUCCCUACACAGAUCCGGAGCGCCGGCGGCGGUACAGUGAUACCUACAAGGGCGUGCCCGCCUCCGAUGACGAGGACGAGAAUGUGGAGAAUGGCAAGCAGAAUGGCAAGGUCAAGAAUGGCGAGGAGCAGCAACGCCUUCAACGCGAAGCCGAGCAGCUGGAAAAGCUCAACUCGGGCAUCGGCUCGGCGAUCGCCAAGGACCUCAAGGAGCACGCCAAGUACAGGAAGUGGAAGCAGAACAACCUGGAUCCGCGCAACGCCUCCAGGACGCCCUCCGCUUCCAAGGAGCCACUCUACAAGUUGAGAUACGAAUCGCCUAUUGGAGCCUCGCCCUCGCGCAAUCUGGACCACCAGAAGCCCUUCUACGAGGACGAGAUGUUCGAUCGCUCCACCAGCUACCGGGGCUCGCUUGGCAAAUCGCUGGGAAACGCGCCCAGCUACAAUGCCAUACAUUCCUACCGAUCGCCGCCCAAGCCCGGAUACGGAUUCAAAACGACGACUCUGCCCUAUAUACGCAAUGGCUACAGCUCCGACUUCUCUUAUGGAGGACUGGGCGACAAGACCCACAGCACAGAUCUGAGCUGCGGCAAAUCGGAGGCAUCUGUGGACUCGAUCACCGAGGGCGAUAGGCGAGCUCUGAUGGGCGGCGACCUGCCCGCCUCGAGCACUUACUCAGGAGCACUCUCCUACCACUAUCCGCAGGCCGGACUCAUCCGGCGCAGUCUGCCCAACAUGUCCCAUUCGAUGCUGGUGCAUGAGCCGGCCAAGAUCUAUCCCUAUCACCUACUGCUAAUCACAAACUACCGUCUGCCCUCGGACGUAGAUCGCUGUAAUCUAGAGCGCCAUCUGUCGGACAUCGAGUUCGAGCACAUCUUGCAGUGCGCCAGGUCGGAGUUCUACCGACUUCCCCAGUGGCGACGCAACGAGCUGAAGCGGCGGGUGAAGCUCUUCUAGGAGGCAAGUGGAAGAUGCAGCAGGCGAGGAUAGGCAACCCAAGUGGAGGAGUUAGAGGAGGAGGUGGAGGAGGAGGCUGUUUGCGACGAAACCAAAAGAAUUCAAUUUACCUUAACAGCAGAUGGCUAUUACACAUGUGGGAGGAGGAGAUAUGAGAAUCAAUAUAAAAUGAAAACGAAACGGGAAACUAUGCUAAUUUCACAGCCAGUUUUGAAACACGCUUUAAAUAGUUGAUGCAAGUGAAACCAACUAAACUAAAUUUAAAUACAUAGUUACAUUUACAGUGCGGAGCAACUAGCCGGCCGCUCCUGUUUAUUUUUUUAAGAAUUAGUUGCGCUAACGCAAAAAUUGUAACUGAGAACUAUAUGAAAGGAACAGAAGAUCCCAAUAAAAACGAAGUGUAUACAGAUAUAUAAAAUUAGUUAAACAUUGCAUGUCCGGCAUGAAGGCUUUUUAUACGCAGUGCAAAGGCAAUUUAAACGCAAACAUAAACUGGACUCUUUUUUCUAAAUUACACUUUAAUUCAACCAUGUAACCGAGAAAUGCAUCAAAGAAUAUGAAAUUAAUGUACCUACAGCAGAAUCACACAGCAAAAUGCGAAACGUUAGAUGUGUGGCAUCAAAUUUACGCUAAAUCAUUAUGCAAAUUUUAUUUAUUACUAAAUAUUUUAUUUAUUUAUUUAAAUAGAAUAUGUCAAAGAAUAAACCAGAGAUAAUAAAACAGGACAAAAGCAG